AUAAACAGUGCAGUGUUCUGUGUGUGUUAGCGGAGUGUAAAGCGGUUUGUACUGAAACAUCAUCUGUUCUCUCACUGCAGGACAUUUAGGGGAAUCGUAGUGCACGAGGACGUGUGAAGGAGCCGUCAGUGCGAGACGCUCAGGAUGCCGGAGAUUAAACUGAAACACGUGGUGUCCUGCAGCAGCGAGGACAGUACCCAUAAAGCAGACAACCUGCUGAGCUCAGACACCUACAGGAAGUGGAAAUGCGCUCGUCCAGGAGAGAAGCAGCUGUCAGUCAUCCUGCAGUUUGAAAAGGAGGAGCAGGUCCACAGUAUUGACAUCGGGAACGAGGGGUCGGCUUUUAUUGAAGUUCUGGUUGGACACUCGACCUCCAUUAAAGACCAGGACUUUGAGGUGUUGUUGGUGACAUCAUCAUUUAUGUCUCCAUCUGAGAGUCGCGGGAAUUCGAACCUGAACCGCGUGCGUUUCUUCGGCCCUCAGCAGCUGGUGAAGAGUUCGAGUCAGGAGAAGUGGGACAGAGUGAAGAUCGUCUGUACUCAACCCUACAGCAAGAACAUUGCAUAUGGAUUGGCGUUUAUAAAGUUUCACUCUCCACCGGAUAAUGAUGCACCUGCUGCUACACCACCUAAGUUGACUAAGCUGGGACAGUUCCGUGUGAAGGACGAGUCCCCGUCCCCCAGGUCGAGUCUGCAGCCGGGGAGUUUGUUCCUGAAGCGAGAGAGUACAGACGGUGCAGGUGUGAGGGGUUCUCCUAAAAACACUACACUGAGUUACGCUGCAGCGGCGCUACACACAGAGCCGUCUACUGUAAGCCCCGCCCCCACCUACUCACCUCAGGCUGCUGUACCUGUGAAGAGAAAGUUUGAGUUCAGUAAAGAGAGACAGGACGCCCCCCCUCCCUCCGCCAAGAGACACACACCUCCUCCCAAACACAACACACAGGAUAGUGAGAACACACACACCUCCACCAGCACUAAGACAGUGUCCAUUUCCCAGAAGUCCCCGGGGCAGAAGUCCUCUGUGAAGCCCCGCCCCCGGCCCUCAGAGCCAAUCCCCUUUAACCGCAUCAUGGAGGGCGUGGUGUUUGUACUGAGUGGAUUCCAGAACCCGUUCCGUGGAGAACUCCGAGACAAGGCUCUGGCCAUGGGGGCGCGGUACCGACCCGACUGGACCUCCGACGCCACACACCUCAUAUGUGCCUUCACUAACACCCCUAAGUACAGCCAGGUGAAGGCAGCGGGGGGGCUGAUCGUCAGGAAGGAGUGGGUGAUGGACUGUCACAAGAGGAAACAGAAAAUCUCUUACAAACGGUAUCUGGUUGACGGAGCUGAGUCGAGCACUGAGGAGGAGGACAGCGGUGCUGAGGAGCGGACACACCACGAGGAAAGGAAGAAAAAAAGUCCUAAAAAGAGAGACGGUGCCGCUGUGAAUUCAGUGAAAGAGGAGCGGAGCGAUGGAUCAGUGGACGAGCGAGACGAGGAGCAUGGUGGUGAUGAUGGUGAUGAUGGAUCAGGCAUGGACACUGAAGAUGAGCUGAGAAGAGUGGAGAAGAGGAAGGAGAAGGCAGGACAGGAGGUGGAGGACGACCCGUAUGGAGGCUCUACAGAUGAGAACACGGAUGCUGAAGAGGAGGAGGACAAACCCAUACCAGAGCUCCCAGACUUCCUAACAGGAAAGCGUUUUUAUCUUUACGGGAAAUUUCCUGAGAAUCAGCGACGCCUGCUGCUGCGUUACAUUGUAGCCUUUAACGGUGCUGUGGAGGACUACAUGAAUGAGAAGGUCCAGUUUGUGAUCACCAGUCAGGGAUGGGACGACUCCUUCGAGGACGCUCUGAUGGAGAACGAGAAGUUGAGUUUUGUGAAGCCGACAUGGAUUUUUGCCAUUAAUGAUCGGCAGAGGAUGUUGCCCUACCAGCCUUACACUGUAGUGCCCUAAACAGAUUGUAGUGCCCUAAACACACUAGUGUAGUCCACUGGGAAGUGAUCAUUAGGAGCAUUACUCUUUACUCUUACAUUUUUACACACACAGAUUUUGACACCAUCAUAAAUUUGCUCUGUUGUUUUAUUAAAGCAUUAAGAGUUUAUUUUUCUCGGCCCGUCUCAAACACUCCUGUUUCCUUCCACUGCACCCUGUUUCUACACACACACACACACAAUGUGUAAUUUGUGUGUAAUUUUUUUAUCUGUUUCUCUCUGAACCAGUCCAGACUUCUGUUUGUUUGUUUGUUUGUUUCCCAAUAAUUAUAAGUUUAAGAUUUACAGGGUUUGUUUACUUUGUUCAUGAUUGUGUUUAGUUUUUAAUUAAAAGACUUUGGUGUAA